AUGCUCGAAGGGAUCCUCGACUUCACUAACAAGACGCGCUCCUUACUCUCCAGGUUUAGCACUUUUAAAUUCAUACCCGAUCCAAACACGAAAUACAUCCUCUCCUGGGACCAUAAGUAUCUUACUUCAAACGUGACCGACAGCUUUCAGAAGUUUAAUUGUCCAGUGAAGAAUUGUUUUUUCACCACAAAUAAAGACUUGUUGAACCUCAGUGCGUUUGACGCGAUCGUCUUCGGUGAGAACAUUCUGACGUCCGAGAACAGACCUAGAGAGCGGAGCCCGCAUCAGAUCUUCGUGUACAUGUCGAACGAAUCGUCCUACACGUUCCCGGCGUGCGAGUUGUAUAACGAUGAUUACUUCAACUGGACGUUCACGUACCGUUUCGAUUCCGAUGUAUUAUGGAGGCCCUUCGUAGUGCGGAACCUCACCGGCGAUAUCGUGGCACCCUCUACGGAGGUGGUUUGGACAAUGAACUCCGCUCCGCUCAGAUCUGACAUAAAAUCCAAGCUGCAAAGUAAAACGAGAGCAGUUGUGUGGAUUCUGGAUGACUGUUGUGCGGGCUUUGACUAUCUGCUGAGGUUGGAAAAACAUCUGUAUCACUUCGAACUUAAACUAUACAAGUACAGGCAUUUUAAAGAUAGCGAUAUUUUGCCGCAAAAUUAUCAGUUUAUGGUGGUGUUUGAAAACUCGAUAGUCAAAGACUACGUGACAAGGAGGGUCAUGGAAGGUUACAGAAACUAUGCGGUGCCUGUCGUCUACGGUGGGGCCAAUUAUGUCAGGUUCCUUCCUCCGGGCUCCUACAUCAAUGCGCGCGAAACGCAUCCCUACAACCUAGCACAAGCCAUUUACAAGGCAACGAAGAGCCAGGAGGCAUACGAAAGUUACUUCAAAUGGAGGAACGAUUACUCAAUAGAAGAAGAUCACUCAUCUCUGUGCGACCUGUGCGCGGCGUUGAACGGCGACAGAGCCAAGUAUGCUCCUGCUAAGAAAAAGUUCAGGGUAUGGUGGAACUCUCCUAACCGUAUGCAUCUAUGUCUUCCUAUAGAUAACUCGGAUAUAGAAAAAAAUGAUACUUAA